UAAAUGCUGUCAGGCACUUCUGCUUUUCAUUCCUCCAGGGACUCACCUAACCAGACAAGCUUAGGUUUAUUCAGCCGUCUGCAGCAGAACAGAGACUGAUCUGCUUCUGAAACCUGGAGCUGAGCUUUAAUCUGCAUCAGCAGAUAGGAGUACAAUGGGGAAAAGAUUCAAAGUCAGCUGGCUGUGUGUUCUCUGUGCUGUCCUGGCCCUGGUUUCUGUGGCAACCAUCGUCACAUUAUGGACUAUUGCUUUCACAGGAGGAAAAGGAGGUAACGUCACAGCUCCUUGGGACAGGUAUCGUCUGCCCACAGUUUUAAUCCCUGAGUUUUACAACAUCACUCUGUGGCCUCAACUCAUGCCCAACCCAAACUCUAGCCUCUACAUUUUCACCGGUUGGUCCACCGUGCAGUUUGAAUGUGUGAAAGCAACAGAUCUGAUUCUGAUUCACUCUAACAAACUAAACUACACAGAGAUGAAAGAUGGACACUUGGUCAAGCUAACUGCUGGAGGAGCUGAAUCUGCUCCCAACAUCAAGUCAGUUUGGCUGCAGCUUGAAACACAGUAUCUGGUCAUUCAGCUGAGGAGCAAAUUAACUCCAGGACAGAAGUAUCAGCUGUACACUGAGUUCACAGGAGAGCUUGCUGAUGACCUGGCUGGAUUUUAUAGAAGCGAAUAUGAAGAAGAUGGAGCUAGAAAGAUAAUUGCAACCUCCCAGAUGCAUCCCACUCAUGCCAGGAAAACCUUUCCUUGUUUUGAUGAGCCGGCCAUGAAAGCAGUUUUCCACAUAACCCUCCUUCACCCACCUGGAACUAUCGCCCUGUCCAAUGGCAUGGAAACAGAUAGUGCAGCCAUCACUAUUGACGGACAGGCUCUGCUGCAGACAAGGUUUGAAGCGACCAAGAAGAUGUCCACCUACCUGCUGGCCAUCAUCGUGUCUGACUACGCUCACCUGAACACAACACAAGGAAACAUUCAGAUUCGAAUCUGGGCUCGCAGGAAGACCAUUGAGCAGGGACAGGGCAACUACGCUCUUAAUGUAACUGGACCCAUACUGGACUUCUUCCAGUCCUACUAUGACAUCUCCUACCCUCUGAGGAAGUCAGAUCAAAUCGCUCUACCAGACUUUUACUUUGGUGCGAUGGAGAACUGGGGACUGGUCACAUAUAGAGAAACCAAUCUCCUCUAUGAUCCAGAGACCUCCUCCAACAGUGAUAAAGAAACCACAGCCACCAUCAUUGCUCAUGAACUGGCACAUAUGUGGUUUGGUAACCUGGUGACACUGCACUGGUGGAAUGAGGUCUGGCUGAACGAAGGCUUUGCUUCGUACGUAUCCUACCUGGGAGCUGACUACGCAGAACCUGACUGGAAUGUGAAAGACUUGAUCGUUUUGGACGAUGUGCACAAAGUUUUUGCAGUUGAUGCCUUGCCAUCCUCACAUCCUUUGACUUCUAAAGAAGACAGCAUCACCCUCCCAGGACAGAUCAUGGAGCAGUUUGACACCAUCUCCUACAGCAAGGGUGCUGCAGUACUUAGGAUGCUGUCGGACUUCCUGUCAGAGUCGGUCUUCAGACAAGGACUCAGCAGUUACCUCAGAUAUUUCUCCUACGCCAACACAGUUGGGAGUAACUUGUGGAUUCAUCUGCAAAUGGCUGUGAAAGACAACAAUGUGACUCUUCCUGAUCAAGUUAAUGCCAUCAUGAACCCCUGGGUGCUUCAGAUGGGCUUCCCAGUGGUUACCAUAGAUACAAGCACAGGAAAGGUUUCCCAGAAGCACUUUCUGCUGGAUCCAGAAUCAAAUGUCACUAUGCAAUCACCAUACAGGUAUGAGUGGGUGAUCCCUGUGCGCUGGAUGAAAGACGGAAACAUCUGUGAAGACAUUUGGUGGCUCAUGGAGAAAGAAGCUCUGAAUGUGGGCAUGAGGACUGGGCCUUCAUGGGUUCUGGCUAACAUUAAUGUAACUGGUUAUUAUCGGGUGAACUACGACCUGGGGAACUGGGAGCGGCUGUUUUCUCAGCUCAGCACAGACCAUCAGGCGAUCCCGCUGAUCAACAGAGCACAGCUGGUGGACGAUGCAUUCAACCUGGCCAGGGCUCAGAUGGUGCCCACCAGUCUGGCUCUCAGGACCACCUCCUACUUGUCCCAGGAGACUGAGUACAUGCCGUGGCAGUCUGCGCUCAACAACCUGCACUACUUUGACCUCAUGCUGGAUCAAACUGAAGUCUAUCAGCCCAUGCAGGAAUAUAUCAGGAAACAGGUGACUCCACUCUUCGUGUACUUCAAGAAUAUGACAUCAAACUGGACCAAAGUUCCUGAGAAGCACACUGACCAGUACAAUCAUGUAAAUGCACUCCAUACAGCCUGCAGGACCGGACUAACAGAGUGCCAGGACUUGACCCGCAUGUGGUUCAAAGAGUGGAUGGACCACCCUGAACACAACCCCAUCCACCCAAACCUGCGCUCCACUGUGUACUGCAGCGCCGUGGCUGCAGGUGGCAAGGCCGAGUGGAACUUCACAUGGUCGCAGUUCAGGAUGGCUACAGUGGCCAGCGAGGCCAGCAAACUCAUGUCAGCUCUGGCUUGCAGCACCAACCCACAGCUGCUAGACAGGUAUCUGAGCGACACGUUAAACACCACCAUGAUCCGGAAACAAGACGCCACCUCUGUCAUCACAGCCGUGGCCAGUAACAGAGCGGGACAGAGUCUGGCCUGGGACUUUGUCAGGGAUCACUGGGAAUACAUGUUCACAGAGUACGGUGUGGGCUCUUUCUCCUUUGCCUCUCUGAUCAGUGGGGUCACAGCAAGGUUCUCAACACCUGUUGAGCUACAACAGCUGCUGGACUUCAUGGAGAAGCACAAAGAUGCAGGAUUCGGUUCUGCAGCCCUGGCAGUGGAUCAGGCCGUGGAAAGGACCAAGGCCAACAUCAAGUGGGUGCACCAGAACAAACAGGAGGUUCUGCACUGGUUCAGCAGCCAAACUGGAAAUCAACAGAAAAUCUAUUAAAUAUGAAUUAUUGCGACGUUUUUUCAUUGAUAAUCCAUUGACAUGUCGCUGAGGUUAACAAAGAUAGUGAGGCCAUUCUUCAUCAAUGGAAACCUCAAGGCCACUGGAUAUGCGAAAUUGCUACAUGAUGAUGUGUUUCCCUCUUUAUGCACUGAAGCUGGCACGUUCCCUGAGUUUUUCCAGCAAGAUGGUGCACCACUACAUUAUGUUGUCAAGUCCGAGCAUUCCUAGAUGAACAGUUUCCUGGAAAGUGGAUUGGUCGUCGUGGGCCAGUUGAAUGGCCCCCAAGGUCUCCCGAUCUGACCCCCUUAGACUUUUAUCUUUGGGGUCAUCUGAAGGCAAUUGUCUAUGCUGUGAAGAUACGAGAUGUGCAGCACCUGAGACUACAGAUACUGGAAGCCUGUGCUAGCAUUUCUCCAGCGUUGUUGCUAUCAGUGUGUGAAGAGUGGGAGAAGAGGGUUGCAUUGACAAUCCAACACAAUGGGCAGCACAUUGAACACAUUUUAUAAGUGGUCAGAAACUUGUAAAUAACUCAUGAAAGAAUAAAGUUAUGUUAAAACCAA